GCCAUUGGGUCCAUCCAUGAUCGAUUUGCUUGGAAGGCGCAAGAGGACUGCAGUUCCCCAAUUUCGCUCGGCCAGACUGGUCCAGCUGUCGGGAUCUUCUUCCAAGUUGCAAAGUGUCUGCCAGAAAAGAAACAAUACAGCCAUAUAUGAAAGUACGGCGAAACAGGGACUAAUAUAUGCUCUUACGUGCACACUCUGCCUCUCUUUUUCCUCUCCUUCCCACUUCCAAUUGAUACAUGGAGCGCCGCCUCUCUGCAGUUGUCUAUGCGUAGGUUGUCUGCUGAGAUCCACAGAUCUACCACCUUCCUGCUUGCUUCCUGCUUGCUGUGAGCUCAAUAUAAACCGCGCCUUCUCUGAUAUCCCAUCGCCGCUUCUUCCCUUUCCUUUUUCUCGCUUAGAAACCCUUGACCGUCCUGCACUGGUCCUUGGAACUUCCCGGGACCCAACAUUUUUGUCCUUCCAGACAGACCCCUUCCACCCCUCCCCUUCCACCGUUCGCAUUGUCGCGACGUCCCGAACCAGCACGAGCCCUGGGAGCCCUGGCAGACUGGGAUUCAACAAAGCAAGGAAGAUACAAUUGUGGCCCCGACUCACCCUGUCAGUCAGUUCUGUUAGAGGAAGCUUGAUGCGUGUGUGGACCGUCCCUAGCGCGGACUCAGAUCUGAGCACCCCGGCCAAAACACCGGCAUUGUGGCGCGAAGCCAUUCUCGUCAUCGUCGCCGCCAUUCGUUGUUGAGUGUCUCUGGUAGGAUUGUCCAACGGCCCCCCUUUCCCCCCUCUUCACCCUCCCCUGAC